AUGGACGAAAGUGACAGAAAUAAUUCAGCCAAUGGCCAGUUUGUGGGAGUGCGCAUGCCUCAUCGUAGGGAUAGACCACGUGUCGUGGAAAACGGAGUAAGCAGCGAUGAAUGUGAGAAGUACAACCCCUCAGAAUGGGUACAGAGUCUGAUCAACAACGUCAAGUCUGAAGGCCAUAAGGCUCACAGUGUGUUUAGCGAGUUGGACGUCCUUAAAGAGUACAACGGCUCCAUCGAGUGGCGGGAAGCAGCGAGAUGGGUGAAAUACGAAGAGGUGGUGGAAGAGGGCGGGAAAAGAUGGUCCAAGCCCCACGUGGCCUCUUUGUCGAUGCAGACUAUGUUUAACCUGAGAAAAGCUCUGAAGGAGGCUCCGGUCGUCAUGGACUUCGACUGUCAUACCUUGUCCCAAGUCAUAGACAAGUUCACUGACGAAUGGGUAGACAGGAAUCAGUUAGAUCCAAGAUUCAGACCCCACAUCCGGGACGUUGCCCUUAAAGGUCACAAGCACCAUCACAUAAAAAGAGCUCGGAAUCAGAGACGAGGCUCUACGACUACCCGCCCUCUAGCGGACAUAAUGGACGAAUCAGGUACGAAUGGUAGUGCUGCGCAUCUUCCAUAUUCUGCUAGCUUUGCCAGCAUUAACAGUGACGGGUUAGGUAGCAGUAACAGUAACAACGAUCUCCAGGAAAUGGGCAUGGUCGAGAGUCCCUCCCAGUCCUCUUUGUCUCCCAACUGGAAGCCAAAUACAAACUUUCUGAGAAAAAUCCCCAAAGAUUCUCACGUUGCCAACAUCAUGGUUGGAGAAGUGGAAGACCUUCCAAACCGGGUCAUGGGAUUCAUGCGCCUCAAGGAGCCAAGGAUAUUACAAAAUGACCUUAGCGAGGUCAAUAUUCCCACGCGCUUUGUGUUCUUCUGUCUGGGCAGGAGGGGCGAGGAGGAGGAAUUAAUUGAGUUUGGCCGCUGUGUUGGAACCAUGAUAGUAGAUGAGAUUUUCCGGGAAGUUGCUUAUAAAGCACGUGAUCGGGACGAUCUUUUGGCGGGAUUUGAUGAAUUUAUGGAACAAGUGAUUGUGCUGCCACCUGGCGAAUGGGAUCCCAAGAUCCGCCUCGAGCCACCUGGAAAAGUUCAGUCUCAGGAACAUAGGCGUCAGUCUGUCGUAUCUGGGAGUCCAAAUGGCGCGGGACUACCGAUAAAAAAGGCAGAGGAAGCGGAGGAAGAGUCUCACGUGGAUCCUUCACUGGUGAUGUCUAAGAUUCCUUUUAAAGGCCUGGUUGACGACAUCAAGAGGAAGGCGCCAUUUUAUCUGUCUGAUUAUAAGGACGCACUUCAUGUCCAAUGCCUGGGCUCAUUUGUCUAUGUCUUUCUUGGAACACUAACCCCAAACGUCACAUUUGGAGGAUUGCUUGGUCAAGCCACGGACCAGUAUAUGGGAGUGAUGGAGUGUAUCUUUGCUGCUGCAGUGACAGGGAUCCUGUUUGCUUUAUUUGGAGGACAGCCCCUCAACAUCCUAGGAAGCACUGGACCAAUGCUGGUCUUAGAAGCCAUUAUCUACAAUCUAUGCAAGGACAACGAUUGGGACUUCAUGCCGAUGCGAUUCUGGGUCGGGAUGUGGACAGUCGGAAUCAUACUUUUAAUAGUCACCUUCAACUUGAGCGCCCUCGUGAAAUAUAUUACACGGUUUACAGAAGAGAGUUUUGCGACAUUAAUUGCAGUCAUUUUUAUCGUGGAGGCAUUUAAAAAGGUGAUUGAAAUUGGGUCUGAAUAUCCGGUUAACUUUUCUCCAAACGAUCCACUUCCAAGCUGUGUCUGUGUGCCACGUGACUGCAAUAUUACCGAUCUUACCACCACUGCGGCUGUUACGGCAACCACAGGAAUUUCCACAUCUCUUCCAUCCACCGCAGCCAGUGUUGUCAACUACACAUGCGCAGACCUGGCUAACAUGACAAUCAACUGGGCCUCGCUUUCAAACGAAACAUGCGCAAUGUAUGGUGGUAUAAUGGAAGGCCCCGGAUGUGGCGUCCAGUAUGUGGGAGACGUUUUCUUCUUCUCCAUCCUUCUGUUUAUCGGAACCUUUGCACUGACGUUGUCUUUUGUUGACUUCAAACGAACAACUCUCUUCCCAUCUUCCGUGCGUCAGAGAAUCAGCGACUUUGGUGUCCUCUUUGCUAUCGUCAUCAUGGUCCUUGUCGAUUUCUUUGUUGGAAUCAACACUCCCAAACUCAUCGUCCCAGAUGAGUUCAAGCCUACCCGCCGUACUCAGUGGACCGUGAACCCUUUCAGUGAUAAGAACCCUUGGUGGCUUUAUCUCGCGGCAGCCAUUCCCGCGUUACUGUCCACCAUCUUGAUUUUCUUGGAUCAGCAAAUAACAGCAGUCAUUGUCAACAGGAAGGAAAACAAACUGAAAAAAGGCGUUGGUUACCAUCUGGACAUGUUUGUGGUGGCUAUCUGUGUUGGAAUCCAUUCCUUCCUUGGUCUUCCCUGGUACGUAGCUGCCACAGUCUCUGCGCUUGCGCACAUCAACAGUUUGAAGAAGGAGUCCGAAUGCACUGCACCUGGUGAUAAACCAUCUUUCUUAGGAGUCAGAGAACAGAGAGUUACCGCUCUUGGUAUCGGUAUUCUUAGUGGAUGUGCUGUCUUAAUCACGUCUGUUCUUAAGUAUAUCCCUAUGCCAGUUUUGUAUGGAGUUUUCUUUUACAUGGGAUUUUCAGCCCUGCGAGGAAUGCAGCUCGUGGAUCGUCUUUUCCUCUUUAUCCAGCCUGUCAAAUACCAGCCCGAUCUUCCGUACGUCCGCCAUGUUCCACUUUGGCGGAUCCACAUUUUCACCAUUAUUCAGGUUCUUUGCUUGGCUAUUCUGUGGGUGGUGAAAACUAUUAAAGUCAUAUCAAUUGGAUUCCCAAUGAUGGUGCUGGCUACAGGCGUGGUCCGGAAGUUAAUGGAGUGCUUCUUCGCUCAGAAAGAGCUACGAUGGCUGGACGAUCUCCUUCCCGGCGCCAACAAGAAAAAAGACACAGAUAUGAAUGGAGUCAGUAAAGUCCCAUACAAAUCGUUCUACGCCAGUUCUUCCACCAAUGGAAGCGUUCUAGAUAUAAACGACAAGGAUGACUCAAUCAAACCAACAUUUUUCGUCUCUGAUGAAUGUGAUGCUAGUAUCAUGCACAGAAAAAGUAACGGAACCGGAAACACGAAAUUAUAACCCGGAAAUGCCGCCAUUACUAUGGCUUCAUACAAUCUUCUGUCUGUGAAUAAACUUUUCCUAGAGCAGUGGCGUUUUGACAAUUUG